AUGUUAUGUUUCAUUCUAUUUAUUAGUGUUGUUAUGUCAAAGUCAUUAGUUGUUGAAGUACAAAAAAGUGUUGAUGGAGAUUCUGCAAUGUUUAUGUCAUAUGAAUUUGAUAAAUGUUAUUAUACUGAUGAAUUUGAGUCACAAAUGUUUACACAUGAUGGAGAUCAAAUUACAAUUGAUUAUUAUGCUGAGUCAUCAUCAUGUUCAGGGAAUAAAAAAAGUGAAACAUUUAAUUUAAAUGAUAAAAAGUUUAAAGAAGAAAUUUGUGAUGAAAGUGAAGAAGAUGACUGUGCUGUUGAAAUUAAAAAAGCACCAAAACAUAUUGGGUUUAAAGGAGAAGGAGAUGAUGAUGAUAAUUGUUCUCAUCGUGAUGACACAAUUAGACUUUAUUAUACUGACAAAUGUUUUAAAUGUUCUGAUGAUAAAUAUUGUAAUUAUGAAGUUGACAAUGGAUGGAUGUAUUUAAAUAAAUAUCCAAAUGAUAAAUGUAAUAGUAAAGAAAGAACAAAACAUGAACAAAAAUGGGAAUGUGAUAAAUGUAAUGAUGGUACAAUGCAACAAUGUGGAACAAUUUCAACAAUGAUAUUAUUUGUUGUUUUUGCUAUUUUUGCAUUAAUUCUUUAA